GGAAGUCAAGCCACGAUGAUACCGCUCCUCGUGAACCUUUUCCUCCUGAUUGGUGCUCGCGAAAUAGCGCCGGUGGACAAUGGGGCAUCAGUCGGUCUCGCAGCUGUUUUGGGUCUGAGCCUUUUACCCAUCGGAUUCGCCGCUGGCCCCAGAUACGUACCAAAAUGGAAGAAGCAAGCAUGUGAAAUACCAGCAACGCAACAUCCAAAUUCACACUAUGUUUGCGACGAGGCGGGUGAAGUAAAAUGCAUACAGGGAUGGACCGGGGACCUCUGCGACGUCCCGAUUUGUCGAAAAGGAUGCGACCCUAUUCAAGGAUACUGUCGUCGACCUGGAGAAUGCCGCUGUAAAUUGGGAUUUUAUGGAGAAACCUGUGAUAAAUGUGUCGCUUUACCAGGCUGUCAGCAUGGCAGGUGUAACGGGAGCUUUGGAUGCGAUUGCGAUCCUGGAUGGAGGAACUUAUUUUGUAGCGAGCCAAUUUGCGCUUCAGAUUGUAAUCCUAGCCAAGGAUAUUGCGACAAACCAGGAGAAUGCAAAUGCAGACUCGGCUGGCAGGGACAUAAAUGUAAACAGUGUGCUGUAUUACCAGGGUGCGUUCAUGGAACCUGUCAAGGACCUCUUGAAUGUCGCUGCAAUCCAGGAUGGACAGGACUCUUGUGUCAAACUCCGGUGUGUGCUCAAGGUUGCAGCCGAGAGCAUGGUGGUUGUUGGAGGCCAGGAACUUGUAGAUGUCGAGUUGGCUGGACAGGUCCGAAUUGCACAGAGUGCGUUCCUUAUCCUGGGUGUGUUCACGGUACCUGUAAAAGGCCGUGGGAAUGCAGAUGUCAGCCAGGCUGGACGGGAGACCUUUGCGAAGAAAAACUCACCUACUGCGAAGAGCAUUCUGACCUCUGCAAAAACAAUGGCACCUGUAUCAGCAUGACGAAAGAAGAUGGCAAUUACAGAUGCUUUUGUCCACUUGGUUUUACUGGACGCCAGUGUCAAAUAGAAAUGGCAACGCCAGACAUGGAAUUAAAACCUCCAAAGCCAGAGGUAGACACAGCGAACCCUGCAACAAGCGUUCCAAUUUCCGAAAUUAAACCAGAAAUUCAAGAAGAAGUUCACGAAUUGGAGGAGAAACCACAAGCGGAAACGGGACCAGAAAAGGAGAAAGAAAAAGAAAACGAAGAAGAAAAGAAAAAAGACGAAACGAUAGAUAAUAAUAAGGAGACCAGUGCCGAGCCUUUAAGACCAAUUGUUAUCACGGACCCUCCGGAAAUUGAUCCUGCGGCGACGGCCGGAAAGUGGCCUCCAGAACCAUCCACCGAAUCAUCAUCCACUGAAAGAGACGCUGAAAAUGAAACUUGAGACUUGCUCUUCAUUGAACACCACUUUUUGCCAUUCCCUCUUUUAUUAUUAUUUAUUCUUAUUUAUUUUUUACUCGAAGCGAACUCCAUUUCAAUAUUGGGUACCAAUUAUGUCUACAAGUGCGGCUAAAUUUUGAGCCAGCAGUUUAAGAACUACCAUUCUGUGCUAACAGAAAAUAUUAUGUAAAUAAUAUAAUCAUAUUCAGUUUAUUUAUUAUUUUAGAAUUUAUAAUAAGGAACACCUUCAUUUCAUUCAUAUUCAUUAGUUAUGUUUGUGGCAUUUAUUAAAUGCUUGUAUUAUUUAGUAAACGAAAUUUAUAAAUCAGAAACACGCAGUCAUAUUUUUUCUAGCUUAUUUUUAAUCAAUUUCAAUUUGAUUGGUGAUUUAAAAAAUUAUGUGUAUCAGGUAAAAUAAUACUCUACAACACACAGUGGGAGAAAAUGCACUUUUUUCGUUCAAAAAUGUCCAGAGCCUUCAAUUUU